AUGAUGAGUGUGUGGGUAGAGAUGCUGAAGGCGGCCGCACCCUUGAAGCAAUCCAGGUACGCAAUGUUCACCUAUGGCGCGGUUGCAACCAGCAAGUCGCCCCUUGAAGACUUAUCCCAACCGAGCCGGAACUUCCGCGGCCUGAGAUGCUACACUGAAACCAUUUUAGCAGCCACAAGGCAAGCGGACAUCGCUGCUAUUUUUGAAACCGAUUUGUAUCAUGCGCGAGUCCCUACACUUGCUUUGCACUGGAAGAAGGAUUCUGAUUAUUUUCCUGGUGAGGGUAGGCCAGACCUACCGAAGCAUGUGGAGGGCCGUCAUGGUGACAUUGACCAUCAUGACAUGAGACAUUACAUCGAUAGAUUGUCCCACUUGCAUUUGAACCACGUCGAUGUUUCAAAGAAAGACCCUUUCAAUCUCGGCACGCAAUUCGCAUACAUGGCUUGGGGUGCCUACGAAAAGCAGAAGUAUUGGGUCUCACACAAGGACGUAACGAUGGAGCAGCUGAUCAAGAAACAUCUUCCCCAUUGGAGGCUUGUGGAGCAUGUCCAACAAGAUACCCUCGAAGCGGUCGAUAACCUGUGGUUGGUCCAAAACAGUCAGAGCCUUGACUGUUUGCUAGCGUUCGAGGGGACGCAUACAUUCGAAGAGUUCUUUCGGAACUUGGAAGGGAGCAACGGGGGCUAUUGUGGCUUUUCGGAUGUCCACCAUGGGUAUGCCGACAAGCUGUACUGGCUGAUGAAGCUGAGCAUGCCGAAGCUGCGGUCCUCCCUCUCCAAGUGCAACAAGGUGAUGUGCACAGGACACUCUCUUGGAGGGUCCUUGUGCGAAGUCUUUGCAGCUUGCGCAAACUCAGGGAGAACUUCGGACGAGCACUACCAGGUAGGCAGGCCGUGA